UUUAAGGCGGCCGCGGGGCGGGCAGGCAGCUGCGAGCUGGGGCUGCGGUGCCACGCUCAGAGCCGGCCGGACCCCCGGGACCCCCCCACGCCGCCUGUGCCUCUCUGCCCGUGUCCCCCCGCCCCGAAAUAAACCCCCUCCGCCAUGGUGGACGCCUUCGUGGGCACCUGGAAGCUGGUGGACUCGGCCAAUUUCGAUGAGUACAUGAAGGCGCUGGGGGUGGGCUUCGCCACGCGGCAGGUGGCAGGGCUCACCAAGCCCACCACCAUCAUCGAGCUGGACGGCGACAAGGUCAUCGUCAAGACCCAGAGCACCUUCAAGAACACCGAGAUCAGCUUCAAGCUGGGCGAGGAGUUCGACGAGACCACGGCAGACGACAGACACGUGAAGUCCCUGGUCAAGCUGGAUGGAGGCAAACUGAUCCACGUGCAGAAGUGGGACGGGAAGGAGACGUCGCUGGUGCGGGAGCUGAAGGAUGGGAAGUUGAUUCUGACCCUCACCUUGGGCACCGUGGUCUCCACCCGCACCUACGAGAAGGCGACAUAGAGGCUGUGCCCGGCUGCCCUCCUGUCCCCGCUGCCACCCUCCCCCCUGCCCUCAGCCCACGCUGG